AUGGAUCCUGGAAAUGGUGGAGCUGGUAUUCUACAAAUUUUUAAUAACCAAACAAAGAUGUGGUCCCCCAUUUGUUUUCAAGGAUUUAAUGAUGUCGAUGCAACAGUUGCUUGUCGGGAACUUGGCUACAACCAGGGGACACAACUGCCUUUUGAAGCAUUUGGAUAUUACAGUGUUCCUCCUCAAAGAUCAGAUGUCAACUGCAAUGGUUCAGAAAGUUCUAUUCUUGAUUGUCCAUAUAAAAGCAGAAAUGAAAACUGUACUAUAAAUGAUUAUGCCUCCAUUUCAUGCUAUGAUACAGUUCCAAAUGGAACGCUGAAACUAGAAAAUGGCAAUGUAACCAGUGCUGAGGGAUUUGGUGUGUUGAGAAUAUUCCAGAACAACACAUGGGGCUAUGCUUGUGAGGAUGUAUUUACUGACAUAGAUGCUGCUGCUUAUUGUUCUAAAGUGGGCCAAGCUUUGGGUUACCGCUAUUCUGAUGGCAUGAAACUAACACCAUUGAAGAACGUGCCUGGCCCAUAUUUUGUUACUUUAGCUAAUUGCCGCAGGAGUUUAGAUUCUGGAUAUGAAUGCAGUCCUAGCUAUUCCCGUUGCUAUUCAAGAAAAGUUGUGUCGCUUGUUUGCGCUGAAAGUUCAGCUCCUAAGCUACAAUUGUUGGAUGAUGUCAUUGGGAUUCAGUCAGGACAGCUCAUGUUUAAUAUUAAUGGUAACCGGGGAGUUAUAUGUGCUGAUGGCUGGACAGAUAAAAAUGCUCAGGUAGCAUGCAGACAACUGAAUGCUGAUUAUGUUGCAGGCAUAGCCAAAGUUUACAACCGCACUGCCUCUGAAAUGUACCUAUCUGGAGUCAAGUGUUAUGGAUAUGAGGGCAACCUUUUUCAGUGUCCCAAUGAUGGUUGGAAGAAGAUCAACACUACAGCCUGCGGACCGAAUUCCAAGGAAGCUGGUGUCGUUUGUUAUAAAAAAUUGUUUCUAAAAGAUCAGGUUGUGACACCAGACAGUGUCUCUGGAAGGCUGAGUAUGGUGCUAAGCCGAGUCAUCAGGGAUGUUUGCUUUGAUGAGUACUUCACAUUUUCAUUAGCCCAGCUGGCAUGCCAAGAACUGGGUUUUGAAAAUGCUGCUUUACUGAAGCCAGCAGCACCUGAUCCUACAAGUUUGUACAGCAUGGUUAAAAGACUUUCUUGCCUGCCAACACAUACUAGUCUUACAAGUUGUGACUAUGGUACUGGGAGCUGCUCCGAUGGACAAGUCCGCUUGCUAUGUUACAACAGUCCAAAAAAUGAUGUCACAGGCUGGAAUAUUAUUGGCAACACUGGUAAUAUUGGACAGUUAAGGAUCAACAUGUUUGAUAAAUACACUGGAGUGGUCUGUCCUGUUGGCUUUCUGGACAAGGAUGCUAAUACCACUUGCUCCACUCUGAGACAGAUGCAUGGAGUAGUUCUGGGUUCACCAACUUUUUCACCAGAUGAAAGUGAAAUAGUUUGGUUUGGGAAUAUCACCUGUUCUUCAUCCAGUGGAUCACGUCGUUCUUGCACCUUCAACAAGAAUAUUUCAAGAGAAUGCUUUUCUAGGAGUUCCUCCGUGGGACUUAUCUGCUUUCGUGAUUUUGGAAUCCGCCUCAUGGAUCAUGAAUCAGAAAUGAAAUCUGCUGGUCGUGUAGAAAUUUUUGUCAAUGGUGUAUGGGGAACUGUUUGCAAUAAGGAUGCUGAUGCUCUUUCAGCAAGUAUUUUGUGUCAGCAGAAAGGAUUUAUAGAUGGCAGCACAGUGGCAGACAUCCCAAAACGUUAUGGAGACUCUACGGCUCCUAUUUAUCUUAAAAAUGUCAACUGUACCAGUAAAGACAAAUCAUUUUUGGGUUGUGCAAAUGACGGCUGGCAACAGGUUUCAAACUGCACUCACGAUGAUGAUUUGGAGGUUUUGUGCUUCUCGAGAGAGCGGUUUUAUCCAGAUCCAGAAAGACAUUACGGUGCUGUGUCUGUUAUGAACAGAGGUGUAUACCAGCUUGUUUGUUCAGACAACUUCACAGACACGGAAGCAACAACCUUUUGUCGCGCACUUGGAUAUCUAAUGGGGAAAUCUAUUUGCUGCUCAGCACUGAAUGAGCCUGGAAUGAGAAUAGGUUUGAGCCGUGUCCUUUGUCGAGGCAAUGAAAACUCAUUGCUUGAAUGCAGUAAUGUUUUAAGUGGAAGCAGCUACUUCUGUCCUUCACAGCAGUUUGCUUCUGCUGUUUGUUUUAAUGAGGUCAACAAUGAUUUCUCAGUUACAGUAGAGAAUGGAAACAACGGUCGGAUUUUAAUCACCCAUUACAGUGCGAACGGCACCGUAUGUGCUGACAACUUUCACAAUCAGGAUGCGCAGGUUGCAUGUCGCCAGGCUGGCUUUAGCACUGGUCUGGCCUUUAGUGCACAACUUCAGCCUAACACAUAUCUCAUGUCAUGGGCAUCAAAUUUACAAUGUGUUGGCUCAGAAAACUCAUUGAAAGACUGCCCCAAGUUUUCCUUAGGCAACACAAGCUACUGCACGUCAGUUGCCAGCGUUGUUUGCCUUAGAUCAAAUGAUGAUAGUGAAAUCCGGCUUCGACUGGCAAAUGGGAGCAGCAAUUAUCUUGGCCGUGUUGAAGUUCAAAUCAAUGGCACAUGGGGAUCAAUAUGUUUUGAUGGCAUGAUGAGAGAAAGUUCUUUUGCAGCAAAGGUUAUUUGCAAAGACCUCGGGUUCAGAGAUGGCCAGUUUUUAGCAGCAGGUAGUUUUGGCGCCAGCUCAGGUCCAACCUGGCUUCAAAGUGUAAACUGUAAUGGAUCUGAGUCAAAACUGAAAGAAUGUCAGCUGGAAAGAGCAGGAGAGCAACCAGACUGUUUAUCUCAUUUAUAUGAUACAGUAGUGGAGUGUUUUGCAACUGCACGACUGAUCGGUGGUCAAAUAGAUGAUCAUUCCAGAGGCCAACUUCAGGUAUACGAUAAAGACAAUAAUCUGUGGCAAUAUGUUUGUGAUACUGGGCUCACCGACAGAGAAGCCACCCUUGUCUGCAAAGGUCUAGGCUACCAGUUCGGUAUGCAACAGUGUUGCAGUGCUGCAGGACCCGGCAUCAGCAGUGGAAAUUUUGUCACAUCAAUCAGCUGUCCCUCUUCUGCAACUGAUAUCAAUAAUUGCACUUUUGUUACAAAUGGAGAAUGCACCAGUCAUCAUUAUGCAUAUGUGCACUGCAGAAAUUCUGCAUUUACAAAUGAAAGUCUGACAACAACACUUUUGGCUAAAUUCAUAGACAUCCCAAUUGUAAAACGCUUUGGUGUUACUGGGAAUGUUUGUAAUGAGGGGCUGACUGAUAAGGAAGCCCGUGUUAUGUGUCGAGAAGUUGGAUAUUUUUCUGGUAUGCUGCUUCAGCCAGUUUAUCUCCGAUCUGGUAGUGUGAUUAUGUUGAAAGGGCUAAACUGCACAGGCUCUGAGGACCGUAUUAGAGACUGCUAUUAUCCCAGCGUAUCGCAAGCAGGGACUUGUUCAGAUGGACGUAUUGCCAGGAUUUUGUGCCGUCAGACUAACAGUGCUGUUAAUUUCACCAUCAGUACUGAUGCCAGCCUUAACUCAGGUCGUGCUGAAAUUCGCAUAGAUGGGCGUACCAUGGUUGUGGAAGACAGUGGAAUAGACACAUCAGAAGCAUCAGUUUUCUGCCGCAGCAUAUUGAAUAAGAAAUAUGUUUAUGGUGAUGUGUUUCUGCAUCCGCAGACUGGAGGAGAUGAAAAUCUUGAAGUUCUUAUGAGCAAUGUACACUGCCUGGGGGAUGAGGAAAAUAUAUUGCUCUGUGAUGCAGAGUUCUUGCCUACAAGAACAACAAAUCCAAUAGCAUAUGUUGAAUGCUACAGUGGAGCUCAACUUCGGAAUGGUCCUACAAAUGUUGAGUCUGCUGGUGUUUUGGCUCUUUACAAUACUACCCAUCAAGAAUCUGGUGCUGUUUGCAGUACAGACUUUGGACAAAAUGAAGCAGAUGUCGGCUGCAGAAUGCUUGGCUAUGAACAUGGCAUCUCUCACUGCUGCCUACCUUUUGGUUACAACUACAUGAACAUCAUGUUUAGAAACUUCCAGUGCAAUGGCACAGAGCGCUCCUUGUUUGAUUGUAAAUAUGAAGCAACAAGUGGCUAUACUAGCUACAACUUCUGCAGCAGUAGGCAGAAUUAUGUUGGCCUGACAUGCUAUAAUGGAACAAAACCAAACAAUUUCAGCAUUUCUAUUUCAAAUACAUCUUCAAACACCAAUACUGGAUAUGUGAAACUGAAUUACCUCGGGACACCUGGCAGUAUUUGCAAUGAGGGCUGGAAUAACAAAGAUGCUUCAGUUGCUUGCAGAGAGUUGAACUAUGCAAAUGGAAUUGCUUAUUUCCAUUUUAGAACAACUUUCUCUAUGACUGGUAGUGAUGGUCCAUUUUGGAUUUCAAAUGUUAACUGUACCGGUUCUGAGGCACACAUUAGAGAUUGUCCCCACUCUGAACUUGGUAAUGUUACUGGCUGUGAUAAGGCACAUCAUGCUGGUGUUCUGUGUAUGGAUGGCUCAGAGAUGCAGUUCAGGUUGGCUGGUACAGAGAAGCCACAUUAUGGGCGAGUCGAGGUCAAAAUUAAUGAUGUAUGGGGCACUGUAUGUGACAGGUACUGGGAUCAGCGCGAUGCAUCUGUCAUGUGUCGACAGAUUGGAUAUGAAACUGGUGACAUAUGGAUCACCAGUGAUCUACCACCAGGCCAAGGCCCUGUAUAUGAAAUUGGACCCCGCUGUUUGGGUACGGAGGAUAACAUUAAUAACUGCCCCCAUGAAGGCUGGACCUCAGACACAACUAGCAGUUGUUCACAGCACUCCAGGGAUGCUGGAGUUUUCUGCUACAUGUCAGUGCGCCUAGGGACCGGUACUGGGAAAGAAUAUUCACAUGGCCCUGUAAAUGUUUUUGAAAAUGGAGUCUGGUAUAAAGUGUGUUCUGCUGGUUUUACUGAUAAAUCAGCUCGCAUAGUCUGCCAAGAACUAGGCUUCUAUGAUGGGCGAUCUGUGUGUUGUUCAGCCUAUGAGGGAGAAGGGACCAGCUUUGAAACCUUGCACCCAAAUAUCACAGUUCAGUGUGCAGGAGAUGAAGUCAGUGUUAAGCAGUGUAUCAGAAUUGAACAAUGUCAGAACAAUGCAUAUGCAUCUGUUGCUUGCUUUGAACAAGAGGAUGUCAUCAAUGAAACAGAUUAUGUAUUUGUAAUGAAUAAGGAUUUUGAAACAGCAGGCCGAAUUGAUGUUACCCACUUGGGUAUCAAAGGUAGAAUCUGCAGCAAUAACUGGACUGAUAUUGAUGCAAGGGUCUUCUGUAAAGAAAUGAACCAUACAGAUGGUUUUGCAUAUUAUCAUUCGUAUAAUAAUUCGUAUGCAACAGAAAGUAUGCUUGGUCCCUACUGGAUUAGUAAUGUCUCCUGCACUGGAAAUGAAACUUCUCUCAGUCAGUGUAAAUUUAACGAUAGACAAAAUCUGGGCAACUGCUCAGAGGCACACACGGCUGCAGCAGUCUGCUUCAAUGAAACUGGAAUUAAUUACCGAUUGUCUGGAAGCCUUAACUUUGGUCGCAUUGAAAUGGCCAUUGAUGGUCAAUGGGGAACAGUCUGUGGACAAACCUUUGAUAAUCGAGAUGCUCGUGUUGCUUGCAGAAAUUUAAAUUUUACAGAUGGAGAGAUCGAAGCAGAAAAUAAAUAUGGGGGAGGCAGUGGGCCUGUGUGGUUAAGAGAUAUCCAGUGCACAGGCAAUGAAAUGGCUUUGCACAUGUGCCCUCAUACGGGUUUCAACAAUGAUGUUCUGUAUCAAAACCUGUUCUUUCCUUGGCUUUAUUCACCGUGUACAGGCCACCAGUCAGAUGCAUCAGUCUUUUGCUUCAAGGAAGGAAAUGAAAGUACUUUAUCACAGUGCAGGCUGUCUACAACUGGAGUGUGCACAUCAAAGACAUAUAUCUCCAUUGUCUGUUACAAUUAUACUCUUACAGAUGAGGAUUUCAAGUUUCAAGUCAGACUCGCUGAUGACAAUAUCAGGACUGGAGAUAAUCAUGGUAUCUUGGAAAUUCGUCAAAAUGGAGCAUGGGGCAGGAUAUGCAUGAAAGGAUUUACCAAGAAUGAGGCAACAGUAGCUUGCAAGGAACUUGGAGGAUUUAUAGGGGGUAUGACAUACCUACAUUUGUUCAGAAAUCGUCUUCCAAUUCUGUGGAGUAGUGUGAAGUGUAAUGGAGAUGAAUCAUCUCUACAAAACUGUACUUUCAGUACAGACGUGGAUUUGCAGAACUGUCCAUACUUGUCAAAUGAUGCUGGUGUACUGUGCUACAAAACUAAAGAAGGUGUCCAGUACAGACUACAGGGUGGAAAUGACACAAGCUCAGGGCGGGUAGAAAUUGGCAUUGAUGGAAAUUAUAGCUCAGUUUGUACCGUCAACUGGAAUGCAGCCAACUCCAGAGUUUUGUGUAAAAAUCUGGGCUUCGUAGAUGGCGUUCCAUCCAGUGUGAGAAAUAACAGUCUAGAAAGUCUCUCUCCACUGAUGAGCUUCUUCUUGUGUGAAGGCAACGAAACUGAUCUUUUCACUUGCAUGAACUCUGGAUUUGACUAUGGCCAGAGGAACCUCUUCUGUGGGGGAGAUGCUUACACUGCUUGCUUUCAAGAGGAAGUCAAAAUAACAGACAUGCGACUUGGAGAUGGGGAAAGAAGUCAAGGAAGAGUGGAAGUUUAUGUCACAGGACUAAAUCAGUGGGGAACAGUGUGUGACGAUCAAUGGGAUAAUCUAGGUGCUCAUGUUGUCUGCAAGUACCUUGGCUAUGACACAGGUGUUGCUACAAGUGGUUCUUAUAAGAUAGGUUCGGGAUACAUUGUUCUGGACAAUGUUGUAUGCAAUGGUACAGAAUAUUUACUCAGUGAGUGCAAACAUCAAGGCAUCAACUACCACAACUGUGACCAUGCUGAGGAUGCUGGAGUCAGAUGUUUUAAUAAUUCAGUGACAGUGGUGACAUCUGCCACAACAACUGCUAUGAUACCUGUCCCCACAACGUCAGCUGAAUAUGUGCAGACAACUACUUCCACUGCAACAACAACCAAAAUGACUACUAUACCCACUUCUACACCCACCUCAGCUAGAACUGACACAACUAAGACAACAACAAUUAUCAUCUCAACCACAACGACAACAGAGCAGGGUUUACCUAGUACAACUACACAAAUAAUCACAAAUACAUCCACACCUGGUCUGAAUGAAUAUAAUGCUCAAUCUCAAGAUAACAGCGGAAGCACUGGGGUCAUAGUCGGUGCCUGUGUUGCUGUCUUGAUUGCCAUUGCCCUGAUAGCUGUUGUUAUCUUUUUGUUCUACAAAUACAGAGUUAAUCCCAACCCACAUAAACGUUUUCAUGAUGAUGAUAUUCUGUCUAGUGACAAUGGCUCCCUGGCAGUUUCUAAUAGGGUAUUUGAUAUCUCAAACCCAGAAGGUGAAAAUCCUAUUGCUGAUGGCUCUGAGAUACACCUGGAUCGUGCAGGAUAUGUAACAUUUUCUAAGGGAUCUCCUGAAUUACAGCCAAAUACUGAAGCAGGCUUUGCUAAUCCAUUAUAUGCUGUUAUGCGUGAUCCACGUGAUCUGGAUACAGAGUCGACCACAUGA